UUUGCUUGGGUCUUGGGUAUAAAAGAGAUAAGCGGGGGACUUACCUUCAGUGUGUCAAGACGUUGUGUAUCACCAUGAAGACAGCUGUGCUCCUCCUACUGGUUGCCGCCGCCCUGGCCGACAAACCCGACUCCGAGAUGGCCAUCCUCCGCAGCGACCAGCACCACCCCAACGACGACGGCGCCCACAGCUUCGACUUCGAGACCGAGAAUGGCAUUUCCUUCCACGUGUCCGGCUCCCAGGGCGCCACCGGCGGCGCCAACAGCAUCGGCGACUGGAGCUACCCGCUGGGCGACGGAUCUAAGGCCGAUUUCAAGUUCGUGGCCAACGAGAACGGCUACCAGCCCGAGUCCUCCCUCCUGCCCGUGGCCCCGCCUUCCCACCCCAUCCCCGACUUCGUCCUCCGCCAGAUCGAGUUCGCCGAGCAGCAGAGGGCGGCCGAAGCUCGAAGGGCCUGAGGCGCUCCUGAAGACCACGAGGCUGUUGACGGACGCGGCGCGAAGUGCUCGGAAUGACACGAAGCUUGACAAACGCGGCUUGACAGACGCGGAGACGCGCUUGACAGACGCGGAUAUGACAUGUAAAAUUGCAAUUUAUUAUUUGGCGACAUUCCCGCUCGAUUCUUUACUUCACUUAUUUAUUUGCUGUUCUUCCUCUUAGAGAUGAGUUGGCUAGAUCGGCUUAUUUAUUACUGUCCUUUAGAAUAGCUUAUUUAUGAAAUAAAGAUAUCUGAUAUA